AUGGCGGUCAUUACUAUUGUCCAGCGUGCCCUCCCCUUCGCCCUCCCCUGGAGGCGACGGUCAUCCAUUGGCAAAGGGAAAGACAAAGAACAAGAUAUUGAUGUCUACGUAUACACUUCCGAUCGUGACUCACACGAUGACUUGCCAGGCCGUCACGAUGCCGAAAUCUCCGGCCCAGCCCUGCACUGUGACGUCUCUCACGCCUUGCAUAUAGCGGUGAGCCCAAGCCGAGACCAAACCACGAGGUCGGAGAGUUCAUCAAACGAGCCAUCUGAAACGGACUCGGUUGCCGAAUCCGAGUAUGGAACCCACUCGCCCUCGCAUCACAGUGCGUCGUCCGCGCGGGCCCAGCUCGACCGGGUCGUGAGCUGGGCGAGCAUCGUUCGCAGUCGAUGUCGCUGGACAAGUGACCAAGAGAAAGAACUUCUCAUGGCGGAGAAGCAGCUUGCAAGAUGCCAGAAGGCAUGGAGCUCAGAGCAGGAACUCUGGCUCGCCUAUAACAAUGUAACCUAUUCUAAUGCGCUUUUCCACCCUAAGAUCGAAGCCUUGAGUGAAGAGAAAGCAGCCCAUGAAGGGUUCAUGCUGAUGCGCACGAGACAGCAGGAGGAAGAGCGGCAUCAGUUUCGCAAGGCGUGGAAGCGGCGCCGGUUUGCCAAGUUGCGUCGGUUGCAGCGGGUUGCGCAUUAUGCGCCGGCAUUGGCAACGACAGAGUCCCCUGCUUUGACCUGCCAGGGCUGA